GGCUGUGUACAUAGUUAUUAGCGGUAAUUAUGAGGAUUUUAACUUGAACAAGUUGAAAGGCAUUUGUCUUGCUACUUUAUUUCGCAAGUUUUUUUUAAAAGUAGCGGGAUAUUUCCAGGGAACAAAUGCUCAAAUGCACUAUUUAAGAUCUUGUAAAUAGUUCAAUUGCUUGUAAUAUAAUUUGAAGACUGAGUGACGUUACAUUUUCCUCAGAAUUUCUCCCAAAUUUUCAUUAGAACUUCUUCAAAGUUUGAAAAGUGGAGCCAAUAUAACCUUAAGGUUACUGUAUCGACAAGUGAUACUUGGUAUUAUUUUGCGAUCAUAUAUGAUUUGUAAUUAUAUAUAAUUACAAAACAAUUAUAAUAUAACUACAAUAUGCACUCUAAUAAAUCUUAUGUCAAGAAAUUUAAGAGCUGCAACCAACUAUUCACGUUUUACUGAGCGUCUUGCACCAGCGAAUAAUGAGCGAAACACAAUUCCUGAAUUCCGCUAUUGAAACAGCUUCUAACUUCAAAUCUCCCCAUUUAAGCACAAGUUGCUCCCAUUUGCCCGUCAAAUUCACCAUCUAUGGACCGGACCCAGAAGACUCAGAUGAUUCCCAUCGCCUAGCUCAAGUAUCUAUAUCGAAUAAUAUGGUUGAUACGAAAGCUAUUGGCGACCCGUUCGACGAUAAUGAAGGUAAACGCUCGGUUAUGUCAAGUGUCCUUGGACCUUAUGUUCUCAAAAACACUCUAAGCAAUUCAUUCGCCUCCAUACCCAAUCACAUAAGAUCUGGAGAAUAUAAAAACAAGCAAUAUAAUACUAGUAAACAAUCUUGUCAAAAUAAUGCAAUAAAUUCUCUGCUUACAUCCAAAACAAGUUUGUCAUCAUCAUCGAUAAUUGGCUCGCAUAAAUUACAUCAAAGUAGUCAAAACAUUCCGUUGAUUGGUCUGCGCUCCAAUUCCAACUUGACUAUAUCAUCAUUGUCAACACUUCAAAGCCGUCAUAUUGUCGAGUCCAGUUCUACAAGUGCAUUAUCCAAUCAAAAUGUUUCAAAGCCAAGUCGAUCUCGACCUAGACGUUUUGCAAAUCUUUACAGCUCAUUAACUCCAUCCUACCGAACGAAAUUGGAACAAUUUCGACGUAUUUUUCGUGAUACUCCUGUUGAUACUGAACGACUACUUGUAGAUUAUUCAUGUGCUUUAUCUAAGAAUAAUAAUGGUCUAUUACUGCAAGGUCGAAUGUACAUUACUGAAACAUGGGUGUGCUUUUACUCAAAAAUUCUAUACGAACAGAAAAUAUUUUUGGCCGUCAAUGAGAUCGUUGCAAUUACCAAAGAGAAAACCGCUCGUGUUAUACCAAAUGCAAUCCAAAUUUUAUAUUCUAAAAAUCAUGAACGAUUUUUCUUCACAUCAUUCGCUUCCAGAGAACGAUCUUAUGCAAUAUUACGCAAAGUUUGGGAAAAUUGUCGUAAUCAUCAGACACUUGUACAAAUAAAUCAGACAAUGAGUAUUGAUGAAAUAUUACAACAAAUACGUGAUAUGUAUGGUGAUUAUAGUUUAGCUAUGGUUGAAGAUGAAGAAGAUACAGAUGGUGAUGCUGAAUUAGUCCCGACUACUUUUCCUCAUAUGCCGCGAACUUUAUCCGAUUCAUCUCUGUCUUCACAACUCACUGGUCGAUCGAAGUCGGCUUCACUUGAAGAUGUGUGCCAUUCGGAUCAACCAGUUAAUCUCGAUCGCUCUUCUAAAUGUUCCGUACUAGGAACUACGGAUGAUGAAUUAAAAGUUGUAUCCGAUGCUGAUAUUCCUUUUAAACAUGUUCCAUCCUUUUCAGAUCCGAGUCACUUCAGUACAAUUGGGGAUGAACCACAGUCUCAACAACUAAACACUAUCAAACGUUGUCCUACCCCUGAAGUUAAAUGUCAUUUAACAUCAGGAACUACACCUAAUGAAGUUAUGUCAGAUAGCUUUCAAGUGCCUCAUAAAUCUGUAAAAGAGAAAAAGAAACGUACGCGAAAAAAACGUCUCGGAUCUCACCAUCAUGAUGAAGUAUCUAGUUCAAAACUAAUGCAACUUAAUUACUUGAAUACUCAGGACCCGUCACUUCCAGAUACAUCUGUAGUAAGUUCUACGGAACCUCCUAUCACAUGUGGUCCAGGUCACGAUCAUCCAGGUAGAGUGUAUACAAACACUGACAUUCCAUUGAAUGUUAACGCCUUAUUUCAAUGUAUUUUCACGGAUUCGGAAUUCUUCUCGCGAUUCAGUGAACAUCGUGGUACAUUUGGAAUGAUUCAAUCUCCAUGGCCAAUAUUUAAGUGGUCUAGUCCCUCAGAAUGUUUAAAUCAGUUAGAAACUUCUAGUAAAAUUGAAAGAACGAUUACCUAUACACUAACGUUAAAACAGAAACUCGGCCCAAGAACAUGCACGGCAGUAGAACAACAGACUCUUCUCUCAAGUGAAUCCAUAUCUGGGAAAAGAUAUAUCAUUGAUGCUAAAGUUACAAAUCAUGCUGUACCACUAAGUAAUUGUUUCUAUGUAGUUAGUCGUUAUUGUUUAUUGUAUGUAAAUCGUACAACUAGCCGACUACAUGUUAGUUCACAAGUUAUUUAUGAGAAACCAGUGUUUUUUGGAGCAAAAAGUAUCAUAGAAAACACUUGUCAUUCUGGUCUUUCGGAUUUCUUUGAUACAAUAACUAUUAAAUUAAAAGAAUUCUCUACAAAUUUAUCCUUAGAAGAACGUCUAACCGGUGGUUGGUUAGCACAACAGAGAGGAUGCUUAAACAAUAUUACUCCUUCGUUAAAUCCAUCAAAUAUUCAAAAUAAUUCACUAUUAAUUCAAAGUGUUAAUGGUAAUCAGAAUAAUCGUAAACUUAAUAAAGCUGAUACAUUGUUUACAGGGAAUGUAAACAGUAGUAAAGUUCCUGCAUCACGAUAUUCUGAUCAAGCGAAAUCAUCUAUAUUCAACAACUGUAUAAAUGAUAAUACAAAUGUUAAAAAACAAAAUAAAACUACACUAUUCGGGUCUGGUGAUAUGACUUACUUAUUUAUGCGUCCAGAUCGUGCUUGGUUAUUACUAGUUGUUAUAGGUUUAUUACUUUGCUUAUUCUUAUCAAUGGUAUAUAAUCGGCUAGUAGUUUUAGAAAAACUAGCGGAACAAUUUCCUCCUCUAUCAGCUCAUGAUCGGAAUCAUUUUCAUGAUCUAUUUGGAACAUCACCACAAGAAGAUCGAGGAUCUAUACCAAUUUACAAGGAUCAUUUAGCUUCAAAAUCACCUGAAUGGGCAAGAACACGAUUAAAAGUGAUGAAAGAUCUCAUACACCUGUUAUCUAAAACACUUAUACAGAUGCAACAGACAUUAACUCAAGUACAACAGGGUAUAGAACUUCUAGAAUUCCCACCAUCUAACUUGGAGGAUAAUAUCAAGACAAGUAUGAAUGUGAAGACUCCGACAAAUACAGAUACGAAUUGUCCAGAUACUCAAACUAAACAUGUACCUUAAUGAUUAUCGUCACCAGGCAAUUUUGAAUGUAUCUUUUAUUUUUCUUACUUAUAAGCUAACUAACUAGUCAGUACUAUGUUUAUUAAUUGCUGAAUGUAAGAUAAUCAGUCAAUACUUCAGUUGAUUUAUCAUACAAUUACCAGAAAAUAUUGAUGUUUUUUUUAACUUUUUGGAACUGUGAUAAUUUACGUUGUUUACAUGUUAAUAAUGGUUAACCUACUGUAUUGUUUUAUAUUAUUUCGCUAUUGGUCUUUUCUUCAUUCCAGUGAGGGAAUUGUUUUCUAUGUAAUGGUAUAUUAUAUUCCUUAUCAGAAAAUGGACACACUACUAAUAUUACUUAACAUUUAUUAUUAAAUCCACAUUUUGUUCAAUUUGCCCUUCACUUUUCCUAGAUUUAUUAUCAAUUCUCAUUACACUGGGCUCUUUCUUCUUUUCUUUCUACAUUCAUGAUAAUUAUGUUGAUCUUUUCAUCUCAACAAAAAAAUACUAUUUUUAAGUUGAUUAAGUUAGUUCUUUAUAAUUAUUGAAAUAAAGAUCAAGAACUUGGGAU